GAGACCAAUCUUAAAUUUAAAUGUUGAAGUUACCUGCAGUACUCUCAAACAAUGGGAAUGAGAGGAGAAAGAAGCAGUUCGUUGAUGCAUCAAAUGAGGUGAAUUCAUGGGUUGAAAGUGAGACUGCUGGUCUUAUAAAGGAGCUACUUCCUUCUGGAUCUGUUGACAGCAACACUAGGUUAGUAUUUGGCAAUGCACUAUACUUCAAAGGGGCCUGGGAAAGAAAGUUCAACUCCACAGAAACCGAAGAUUCGGAGUUCUUCUUACUUGAAGGAGGCUCUAUACAAGUACCAUUCAUGACUACUAAAGAGAAACAGUAUGUAUCCUCCUACGAUGACUUCUCAGUCCUAAGGCUUCCAUACAAGCAAGGCAAUGAUAAGAGGCAGUUCUCUAUGUGCAUUUUUCUACCAAAUGCCAAAGAUGGAUUAUGGAAUUUAUUAGAUAAGAUGAGUAAUGAAUCCAAGUUCUUAGAACGCCAUCUCCCACGUCAAAAGGUCUUAGUAGAAAAGUUCAAGAUCCCGAAAUUCAAAAUCUCAUUCGGUUUCGAAGCAUCAGAAACCCUUAAAGGUCUAGGUUUGGUUCUGCCUUUCUCCAGGGAUGGAGAUUUGACAGAAAUGGUGGAUUCACCUCAGGGAAAUAAUCUUUAUGUUUCUUCGAUCUUCCACAAAUGUUUUAUUGAAGUUAACGAGGAGGGAACUGAAGCUGCUGGAGCUUCUGCUGCUGUGGUGACCUUGAGGUCUUUGCCAGUAGGUCCUUUUGAUUUCGUAGCUGAUCAUCCGUUUGCUUUUGUAAUCAGAGAAGAUACGACUGGAGUAGUGUUGUUCACUGGGCACAUGCUUAAUCCUUCGUUGUCAGGGUAAAUUAAGACACCGUCUCAUAAAAACUUUGAACGUUGUUUUCUAUGGGUGUGUCUGGAUAUUAUAGUUUCUACAGUACACAUCUGUGUUUGCUAUUUCAACUGAUCUGUAUUUUCCGAUGUAUCCUGGUUUGUAUCUCAAUAUAGCUAUAAUUAGUAAAUGUUUUACGUUCGUAUUGUAUAUGAUGCACACCGGAAAUGGGUGUUCUGAAUUUUUCAAUGUC